UAACAUUGAGAAAGAAAACACGCAGGCAGCUUGCAGAGAUUGCAAUCAUAAUAUUCAGGAUGAAGUUUCUCGUAAUUGCAGUUGUUCUUAGCAUUAUGAAUGCAGGUGUUUAUGGAGCAGACCCUGAUCCUCUUACAGACUUCGCUCCUGGACUAAAAACCUUCACACUCCGCAACAUUUUCUCUAAUGGAGAUGUUACUGUCGAUUCGGGAGGAGUACGUGCUGCCACUUCAGUCGCCAAGUUUCCUGCCGCAGCAUCUCAGGGGCUGCAAUAUGUGAGGUUCAAGAUGGUUCCGUGUGGAGCAAAUCUACCACAUACACAUCCACGAGCUUCAGAAAUGCUUACUCUUAUCUCCGGAGGGCCUCUUCAAGUUGGUUUUGUUGACACUCAAGGUCAAGCUUUCAUCGAUAUUUUGCAUCCUGGAGAUGUCACUAUAUUUCCGAGGGGUACACUCCAUUUUGAGCUUAAUGUUGGAAGUGAAGAAGCUAAUUAUAUCUCUGCUCUCAACAGCCAAGAUCCUGGUGUCGUGACGAGCAGCGUGUCAAUAUUGAGGCUUCCGUUGAGAAGUGUGGCAACAGCUUUCAACAUCACCCAACAAGCUGUAAAGAAAUUAGAUUCAACGAUAUAUGCCAGUGCAACGGGACUGAAGAAAACAUCCAAAAGCGGUUGCGUUCCAGGGAGAGAUAUUACUGUAGACUUUUAAAUUAUUUUUUAUUACCUACUCAUACUAUCUAUUUGGAACGGUGCUCAUCUGUGAGUUAUCUUUGUUUAAAUAAAAAUGUUUACUGUAUAACGUCAUAGUCUCUAUUUAGAGAUUUGUAAACAACAAUAACUUAACAUAGUCAUUAUGAACUUAUGUCCUUUAUCC